AGCCUGGUAUUAUGUACAAAGAUACAUACCCUUUUGCAGUAUGUAUCUAGAUUUUUGAGGUACAUAGGUAUGGAGUCGCUAACUGUGCGGUAGAAUUGCGAUCGAGGUUUUACCCGUGACGAACAUGAUGCGACGUAACCUCGAAUCAGCGGAAUUCCUCAGCUGAUGACAGAAGGGUGGAUAUCACUGGUGAUGCUCGAAAGGACGGUGAUUUUGCUGAAAUGACGGAUAGUGUUGUGCGAUUGCUAACGGGAAGUGCGAUGAUUUCCACGAGGAAUCCUCGGGUUUGCUUGUGAUGUUGAGCGUUGCCGAUGAGGAACGCGCGGGUGUUUUAUCGUGGGUGUGUAAUUUGACGUGUGCUGAGUUGAUGGAACUUCACGUUGAAAGUACACGUCAUUCGCAAGGCUGAGAAGCGCCGAAGGAGCACAUUCUACUCGCCAAAUAUUCAUUAUACUCGGGGAAAGCGCACUUUACGGAUAGCAGUGAAACAUGAUCCUAGAUGCCCUGCUGCGCCUGGCUCUGGUUGGCGUUCUGAUGAGCUCCCCGAUGACGUCACAGCACACGACUCACCCCGAAUCUGCCUCGCUCAACGCCACAUCCUCGGCGGGGAACGCGACGUGUCGUCUCAGCGAGUUCCGCUGUCAGAAUGGCAAGUGCAUCCCACUCAGCCAGGUCUGCAAUCAUCUCAAUGAAUGUGGGGAUGGCUCCGACGAACUCAAAUACUGCACACAGUUAAUUAGUUACUCCGGAGCUUAUUACUGUGACUUCUACAAAUCUGUAACAUAA